AUGGCUGCUUCUGUAGGUGUCCAGGUCAGUGAUGAGGACAGGAGGAACGAUGAGUCUCAGAGUCAGCCUUGUAGGAUAAGUGAAGAGGUUCGUGACACUCCUGCCAAAAAUGCACAGAAAUCCAACCAGAAUGGGAAAGAUUCGAAGCCUUCAACACCAAGAUCAAAAGGUCAAGAGACCUUCAAAAAACAAGAAAAAACUCCAAAAACACCAAAAGGACCUAGUUCUGUAGAAGACAUUAAAGCAAAAAUGCAAGCCACUAUAGAAAAAGGCGGCUCUCUUCCCAAAGUAGAAGCCAAGUUCAUCAAUUAUGUGAAGAACUGCUUCCGAAUGACUGACCAGGAGGCUAUUCAAGACCUCUGGCAGUGGAGGAAGUCUCUUUAAGAAAACAGUUGAAACCAUUUGUUAAAAAAGUUUUCUGUCUUAUUUCAUUUCUGUAACAAUUGCUAUCUGGCUGUCCUUUUUAUAAUGCAGAGUGAGAACGUUCCCUGCCGUGUCUGAUAAAUGUUGUCCAGGUUCCAUGGCCAAGAAUGUGUUGUCCAAAAUGCCUGUGUAGUUUUUAACGAUGGGACUCCACCCUUUGCUUGGUUCUUCUAAGUAUGUGUGGAAUGUUAUGAUGGGACACAGUAGUAUUGGUGGUCAGACAGAUAGAAGUGGUGAGGAGACAAAAAUAUACAUGUGAAAUAAACUCAGUAUUUUAAUAAAAAUAAUAAUAAUAAAAAAA